GCACUGUUUGUUCUGGACCAUUUUCAUAACUUUCUAAGCUGUUUUAUUUUGUGUCUUUCGUGCAAUAAUCAUGGAUGUAGCUGAUGCACACGUUGGGCAGCUUCGAGUACGUGACGAAGUUGGAGUUCGAUGCCAAAAGUUGUUCCUGGACUUUUUGGAAGAGUAUAAGGAAGACGGUGAAAUCAAGUAUCUCACGACCGUGCAGGGUCUGGUCAAUCCUGAUCGCUCGACGCUGGAAGUAAGCUUCGACGAUGUGGAAAAGUACAACCAAACGCUCGCUACUGCCAUCGUCGAAGAAUACUACCGCAUAUUCCCUUACCUGUGUCAGUCGGUGUCGCACUUUGUCCGCGACCGCACCAACCUUAAGAAGCCCAAGGAAUGCUACGUAUCGUUCGUGGACGUGCCGACGCGCCACAAGGUGCGCGAAUUAAGCACUUCCAAAAUUGGUACGCUUAUCCGCAUCUCCGGCCAGGUUGUACGCACGCACCCGGUUCACCCAGAGCUGGUGACGGGAACGUUCGUCUGUCUUGACUGUCAGACAGAAAUACGGGACGUGGAGCAGCAGUUCAAGUUCACCAAUCCCACCAUCUGUCGCAAUCCGGUGUGUGCCAAUCGGCGCAGGUUCAUGCUCGAGGUGGACAAGUCGCUGUUCGUUGAUUUCCAGAAAGUGCGCAUUCAGGAAACACAAGCAGAACUUCCGCGUGGAUGCAUUCCCCGCUCGGUGGAGGUGAUCCUACGCGCAGAGAUGGUGGAAACGGUGCAAGCGGGCGAUCGAUACGAUUUCACCGGAACACUGAUCGUCAUCCCGGACGUAGGAGCCCUGCAGCUGCCGGGGGCAAAGGCUGAGAUUGGAUCACGUCACAAGCAGGGCGAUAAUGCGGCAGAGGGAGUGCGUGGCUUGAAGGCACUGGGUGUGCGAGAUUUAAACUAUAAAAUGGCUUUCCUUGCCUGUUCGGUUCAAGUGACCUCAUCGCGUUUCGGAGGCACCGAUCGGCCCAUGAGCGAAGUCACUGCGGAGGACAUGAAGAAGCACAUGACGGAUGCUGAAUGGAACAAGGUUUAUGAAAUGUCGCGAGAUUCGAGACUUUAUCAGCACCUCAUUAAUAGCCUUUUUCCGUCUAUCUAUGGGAAUGACGAAGUGAAGCGCGGAAUCCUAUUAAUGCUGUUCGGAGGUGUGGCCAAAACUACCCUAGAAAGAACUACACUUCGUGGGGACAUCAACGUUUGCAUUGUCGGCGAUCCGAGUACGGCAAAGUCUCAGUUCUUGAAGCAAGUGGCCGAUUUUUCUCCGCGCGCCGUGUACACUUCCGGAAAGGCUUCUUCAGCUGCCGGUCUCACUGCCGCCGUGGUGCGCGAUGAGGAAAGCUUCGACUUUGUUAUCGAAGCUGGUGCACUUAUGUUGGCCGACAACGGCAUCUGCUGUAUCGACGAGUUCGACAAGAUGGACCCACACGAUCAGGUGGCAAUCCAUGAGGCCAUGGAACAACAAACAAUUUCGAUCGCUAAAGCAGGUGUGCGGGCCACACUGAACGCUCGUACGUCGAUUCUGGCUGCCGCCAAUCCCAUCGGAGGUCGCUAUGACCGUUCGAAAUCGUUGCAACAGAACAUUCAGCUAACCGCACCGAUUAUGUCGCGUUUUGAUCUGUUCUUUAUUCUCGUCGAUGAAUGCAACGAGCUUGUAGAUUACGCGAUCGCACGCAAGAUCGUCGAUCUACACUCGCACAUUGAGGAUCGUGUCGAGCAGGCAUACUCGCGGGAGGACGUCCUUCGGUACAUUAUGUUUGCUCGUCAGUUCAAGCCGAUCAUCACGCCAGAAGCGUUGGAUCUGCUCGUUGAGAACUACGGACAUUUGCGGCAACGCGACACGGGCACGACUGGUAAGAGCACCUGGCGCAUUACUGUUAGGCAGCUGGAGAGCAUGAUUCGACUGAGUGAGGCUAUGGCCAAGAUGGAGUGCAGCGAGGAGGUCACCGUGCAGCACGUGAAAGAAGCCUACAGGCUGUUGAACAAAUCGAUCAUUCGCGUUGAACAACCCGACAUCCAUCUGGAUGAUGAAGAAGAGGAAGGUAAUGAGAUUGCGAUGAUGGACACGGCGGAGGACACGGCCAGCGGAACGCCGCAACAUACGAAUGGAACGGAUGAGAACGGACACGAUGGAGGGGCGACGGUGUCCAAGAAGAAGCUGACACUUUCCUUUGAAGAGUACAAAAACCUGUCGAACAUGCUGGUCAUCCAUAUGCGAAACGAGGAAAGCCGCUUGGAAGCGGAGGAAGCGGAGGUAGAGGGCAUAAAGAAGUCGGAACUGAUCAAUUGGUAUUUGGAGCAAGUAGCCGAGCAGAUUGAAUCCGAAGAAGAGCUCAUAGAAAGAAAAACAUUGAUCGAGAAGGUGGUCGACCGUCUGAUCUACCAUGACCAAGUUAUCAUUCCACUGAAAAUGGCAACAUUGGGCGAAAAGGCGUUAACCGAAGAUGAAGAUCCUCUGCUGGUCGUGCAUCCGAACUACAUCGUGGAAAGUUAAAUCUCUUUUUCUCAAUUUGUUUGACGUAUUUUAUACUUUUUUACCAUAUUUAUCGUGUGUGUGUGUACUGACCUUUUAAUUACACAUGCCGUUACACAUCUGAAUUCAAUAAACUUAGGUAAAUGCCAUGAACGAA